AGAUUCUUUAUUGCCAUGAUUUUCCCAGAAAAUUACACUGAGUCACCUUCCUUUAAAUUGUAAUGAAAGGAAAAAAUAACAAAAGAGAGCAUAGUUUAAUGCAGUUAUUGCAGCACCCAGAAUGUUUGUAAGGACACACCCCACAAGCUAGAUAAGAUAAGACUAUUUCUUAUUAAUGGUCGUAAAUCAUGAUCUUAAUUGUAGGUAUCAAGUGACAAAUCCAGGUCAUAAAAUUAGGGCCAUGCAAAUAUUUGCAAAAGGCACAACAACACUAAGACAAAAGGAGAGCAUGCUGGUAUGUUUUGUGGGUCUGGCUGUUGCUACUGCCAGACAUGUUUUAAGUCCACAAAUCACUCUCUAGUGAGUUGUUGUGAAUAUGUACUCUGGGUACAGUCUGCUCUGGAGUCAGCUUACAGGAUGAUUCCCAAAGUGGCAUUGGAGACAUUUUGGGUGCAUUCUAGUUAUAAGAAGCAUCAAGUUAUAAGAAGAUUACAGAGUAUUGUUUUAAAAGGUUUUAUUUGCAUUAAUUAGAGACAGAAGGAUGUUUCCCUUUUUGUUUAUUUGUUGAAAAUGUAUUUGGUUUCCAAGACCACAUAUUUGGGAGGGGGGGGAUAUUUGAAUAACCCAUAAAAAAAAAAAAUAAUAAUAAUAAUCUAUAGAGAUCUUGUUUUUUUAAUAGGAGAAUGGCGCUAUUUGUCACACUUUUUUACUCCAGUGAAUAUUUCUUAGGGUGGGUUUAUUUUUGCAAGUCAGUUUCUGUAUUGAAACACACAUUUGUACAAGUGAUCUUUUGACUUAGAAUCUUAUUGUUACUAACACAACCUUUCACUUGAGUUUCACUCAACCAUUUAAUAACAAACUAGAUUUGUAGGCAAUUUGACAUUUGUGUGCCACCAUGAUUUUAUAGUUGGCCAGGCAACUUUCCCAAUAUUUUCAAAGGUGUUCGGAAUUGUUUCAAGUUUGUUGAUAGGGUGUUCUAGCAGUUGCUAAUGUGUUGCUAUGGUGUUUUUUUUUUCUUUUAAAACCUUUGUCUAUUACUUUCAAAAGUGAUUAUGCGCCCAGUAUUUACUCUCCACCUAAAUAUUCCAAAAGAAGCAAUGUAAGGUGUACAAAACAAAUUAAUCGAUAAUUCUAAAUAAUAGAUAUUCUAUUUUUUUCAGAUGUUAGAACAAAGCGUAUAAGCCCAGCUGAAAUGGAUGACUUUGACCACAGCAUGCUAAUAGCCGAGCAGGACUGGGACUGUUUCUGUACAGUGAGUGAGGAAUGCUCUGUACAGCAGGCCAAGCUUGCAGUCUUGGAUGACUCUGGCCUAAGUGACAAUGACGAUGACAAAACAUCCAUCCAUGUGUCAUCUCCUUCCACAAAGGCAAGCUCUGAACCUCUCUAUAAAAAAGAUAGCAGUGCAGAAGGACAGACGCAGUGCAAAACACAAGAAAUAGGUCAAUUAGAGAAUUCAGAGUUUACAGAAUGCAAUGCCAAGACUGCUGGACAGGCUUGUGAUAUCAGAUUGAAUGACCAGGGAGCCUCUUAUGAAUGUUUGGAAUUAGAUCACAACAAAACUAAUGAAGACAGCAACUCCUCUGACCAGACAGACUUAGAUGUAGGGAUUUUAAGAGGAAAUGGCGAGAGUCAGGGUGAGAAUAGAUCAAGCCAAGCCAUCAUCAAGUUAGUCUCGGAAAUGUCUUCACCAUUUACCCAGGAUAUAGGGCAUGGAAACAGCACAGAUGGUACAGAAACAGGAACUGAGGUGACAGACAGUUCAUCAGUGCCAACAAAAGAGAAGGAACGUUGGUUUGUGACUGUGAAUGACAGCCCAGUUCGCCUGAGAGAAAAGGCUGGCACUUCCGGGCAAAAAAAAAGAAGAAAAAAAAAAUCUUCUAAAAAUGUGAGUCAGCAUAGUGGUGUUAUAAUAGAGAAUCAUGCUUCCUUAAAUAACAAUACAGAGGCAGAUAUCAAAAUAAUUGAAAGACAAACAAUACAGGUCAAAUUUGAACAACCUCCCAAAUGUGCAUCUGAAGAAAACAAUGCUCACAAUGAAAAUUCUUCCUCUCACUUGCCCAAUAUUCAUGAUGUACUUCAUAAUCAAGAUAUAAAAUGUGAAUCACCUGCUGGAUCAUCUGAUGAUGAAUGGGAAAAUAUAAGCUAUGCCAUACAUUUAAAAAAAGAAAGCACAACAGAUAUUCCAGAAGCAAAAUUAGAAAGUAAUCCUCCCUCUAUAAAUUCAUCGUCACUUUUAACUCCUAAACAGAUCCCACAGUCAGUAUUUAAGAAUGUUGAUGGCCCUUUGCCACAAAUAUGGAAUCAUGAAAGGACAGCUUUCAACUAUGAAUGUCAACCAACAAUUGAUCAUUUAAGCCACUUUAAUGACACAGGGGAGGGAAGUCCCAGAUUUAUUCUGGGUGCCUCCACUCCAACUGCUCCUUCAGACACUGAAGAAGAAAGAAAAGAACUGCAAGAACUUUUUAGACAGUCUAUGGAUAAUGUAAAAGAGUCCUUAACUCCCCAAGAGAUACAUUGUCUACAAUCCUCCAGUAACAGUGCAAAGACUCUAGAAGCAGCAGUAGGUCCAACUCGACCCAUAUAUGCCAUUUCCUCGUUUUGGGAUGAAAUGGAAAAAUUUACGAUAAAUGAUAUUUUGCAGCUUAGAACAGGAAAUAACAGCUCUCCAUUGAGAGAAAGCAUUAUUCAAGGGGAAUGCAGCCCUAUAGAAACUGCUGAUGCCCAUCUUCAAGACAGGGGUGAGGUUGAUUCUAAAGAUGAGAGCGUAGAAGAUAGUGGCCUGGUAGAUGACGCUGCAGAUUCGGACUAUUUCACACAUGUCGAUGACUCUAGACCAGACCGAUCGAGUUGUGAAUUCUCAACUUUUUCGGAUUUUGAUGAAGAGUUUCUAAACCUUUUCCAUACAAGUGCAAACCCUAGUCCUGAGCCCCUUGACAGCCAAGAGCAAACUCAAAAUUUCCUUGGGUCUACAUCUGGAAAAGACCUCCUACAAGAAGGUCCAGAACAAACUAAGUCAAGCUAUCAAAGUGAAUCCGAGGAGAUUGCAAGUCUAUGUCCUCCUGAGAGUGAACUUCAACCCUACAUGUAUUCGGAAGCACAGAUGCAAGAGAUGCUUCUUACAACCAGUGAUCAAGACAACACCAUGAGUACCUUUCUAUUGGAUCACUGUAACAUGAGGAGAUCAACACCUUCUCCAGUUUUAUCUAUUUCUGAUAUUCUAGAAGACCAGUGUUUGCUGUCCUUGUUUGAAAUUUUGAGGAAUGACACUCAAUUAGAGCAACGCCAGGAGAGAAGUCCAGGCAGAAGCACCUCUGUCGUUUCACUUCCAUUUGCACAGAACUUGUCUGUGCCUGAGACAUAUGAUUAUUUGUUGUCAGACUUUGAGGUUGAUGUUCUCUUUACUUCAGAGCAAAGUACGACGAAAAGUGAGAAAAAGAUGGUUCCUAUAUAUUCCUCCUCUCACUCUGUGGUCAGAGACCUAGUGUUUCCAGAGGUGGAAGAGGUGAAACAUUCAGACAGUGAAAAAAAGAGUGCCCAAAUCCGAAAUCAGCAAACAAGGUAUGCAAGCCCCUCUGGAACACCAAACCUGUGCUAUAUUACAAGCCAUAGUAACCAAAGAACAUGGAGAAACCUUUCCUUAAGACGAAUCAAAUUGUCUUUCAUGGAAAAGACCUGGUGUAGAAUGGCCACCUCAUGUGUUUUUCCUAAGACUACAACAGCUGACAAAGCCAUUACAGCAAAUUGUGGAACCAGAAUAACCUCAAAUUCUUCUGUAGCUCAUUCAAAUUUUCCAAUGCUUCUCCUUGAGAACCAGGCCUUGGGACGAUUGACAGAUCAGCAGAUACAUGUAGGGGCAACUCUCUCAGGCCCAGACAGAGAUUGCUUCUUUUUUUCCUUGAAGCAAGCAGACAUGUGCCUUGUUUGCAUUGCUUUUGCAUCAUGGGUACUAAAAUCAACCAACCUACAAUCCGCAGACAUGUGGAAAGCAGCUCUUCUGGCAAAUGUGAGCGCAAUAUCUGCUAUCCAGUACUUGCGGCGAUACGUAAAAGAGGUAACAGAGGAUGAACCAUAAAAAUCUAGUAUUAUUUUGGAGUAUUUCUCACAAAGGGGCCAGUGUACAGGAACGGGAU